AUGAAGAUGCUGUUUGGCUGCUGUCUCUGCCUGCUCGUCCUGCUCAGUGGUCUGAGUGACACCGUGGAGAGUCGGACUCUGCAUCUGGACAGCUGCAGCGUUAAUGUUCACAUUCAUGAACUACGCAAACAUUAUUCUACCAUUCGGCUCAGUGCAAUAUCAGGUGACAGUGAGAUAGCAGUGAAACUUUUGGAUAAAUCAGCAAUGAGGAAUGUUCAGGAGGGGCAGAGGUGCUGUUUCAUGCGCCUCCUGUUGCGUUUCUAUGUUGAGAGAGUGUUUGGCAACUACGCCUUGUCUCAGCCACAGGACCAACGCAGCUCCAGUGCUCUGGCCAAUGCUUUUGUCACCAUCAGAAGAGAUAUACAUAAAUGUCACUGCCACUGUGGAGAGGAGACGCAGAGGACCAUUGACUCUCUACAUGCAGAGUUUAUAAAGCUUCAGAUUAACCAGGCAGCCCAGAAGGCCGUGGGAGAACUGGACACGGUUCUGGACUGGCUGGAGGGAUUCGGACCGAAAACACACUGAUGAUCAGAUGGAAACUCCGACAGCAGCCUGACAAUGUAAUGCUCAUUCCCCAGCUCACAAGCAGAAUGUAACUCACCUCUUUAAAAUGUGAGGAUUUUCAUUUCUUUAUUUCAUUUUGGUUCUACAGAGCAUUUCUUUAUG